AUGCCUCGUAAGAAGCUCCGCAUACUGUGCUUUGGCGACUCUCUCACCUCGGGCUAUUACUGCCAGGGGCUGAUGUCGCACCCGUACGCUGCCAAGCUAGAGGAUCGACUCACGGGCACCUUUCCAGAGGUGGACUUUGACAUUGUUGUAAGCGGUGUUCCCGGCGACGUCGCUUCUUCUGAACGUUUCUCUAUCAGAACGAAAACUGCCUGGCGCGCGAGAGCAUAUGACUGGACUAUUGUCCUUGGCGGCACCAACGAUAUCGCAUUCGGCAUCCCCCCAGAGGUCAUUUUCUCAUCUCUGAAAAAAACCUACGACUUUGCUCGGGACAAGGGUGCCAAAGUCCUUGCCCUUACUGUCCCAGAAUGCAGCGCAGAUAACGAGAGAACCAUGGCAGCGAGGAAUGCGCUCAACGAACGCAUUCUCAAGAACAACAGUCGGAAUUACUACGCAUUUGACCUCAAGUCCAAGAUUCCGUUUCAUUCACUCUCACAACAAGAUCGCCACAGGUACUGGGACGAUCAUGUGCAUCUGGGAAAAGAGGGCUACGACUGGAUGGGUAACCACAUUGCCGACGCUUUGAUAGAUAUUCUAUGGCACGAAGGCACGUUCGAGCAGCCGCCAGAACCAUCAGAUGAGGUAGACGUGGAAGAAGAGUUCGUGUAUGACGAGGAGGAUGGCAACCCACACAAUAUCAACGAGGGCUAUAUUGUUGUCCGCAAGAAAGAUUUGGACUAA